GAAAGAGGAGGCAGAGAGGAGCGGAGAGAAAGAAAAAAAGGAAAAAAACAAAGCAUAAGAAGAGGUCUUUCUCAAACACAGAUCCCUAUGGAAUGCAGGAACGAUGCCCAGCCAGCGUUGCUUGAAACUCAUUCUUUUUGUUUAGUUUAAAGGGACUUGCUUUGCUUUCUUCUCUUUUGAAAUUUUUUUCCUCAGAGAGUGAGCAUAGAUUUACCCAUUCAGAGUAUUUGGAUUUUGUUCAGAUGGAUGGUUAGAUUUGCUGUUCUAAUCCACCUCUCUGCAGCUACAAAACAAAAACAACCCAUUUUUCAAAAUGGAGCCAAGCAACAAAGAGAAGACUUCUUUGUAUAUCAUUAGUUUAUUUGUUACCUAAUGAUUGAACAAACUUGUUGUUUGUUAAGUGGGAAAAAAAAGAUUGACAGGAAGGAAAAUGAAGUCCAUGAGCAAUGAUAAUAAUACCAACACCAACACAAACAACAGUAAUAACAACUGGUUGGGCUUUUCUCUAUCUUCCUCUCAUAUGAACACCAUUGGAGUUUCUUCAGAGCCUCAUCAUCAAACUCAUAUCUCUCUCUCUGGUUCUGUUUCCAGUGCACUCCCAACAAGUUUCUUUCACUCCCCAAGUCAUUUCAGCUACUCUGGUGCUUGCUAUGGAGUUCAUGAAGCUGAAAAUGGUGCCUUUUACUCUCCCUUGACUGUCAUGCCACUCAAGUCUGAUGGCUCACUCUGUAUAAUGGAAGCUCUCACCAGGUCUCAAACCCCCCAAGGAAUGGAAACAACUUCAACACCAAAACUGGAAGACUUCUUUGGAGGUGCAACAAUGGGGACCCAUCAUUAUGAAAGCUGUGACAGAGAAGCCAUGGCUCUGAGCCUAGACAGCUUGUACUACCACCAACAACAAAACCCAGAUCAUGAAACCAACAACAACAACACUAGUCAAGACUUCCUAAACCAUCAACCACAAAACCAGAUUCAUGUCCAACAAUACUCAGACUACUCUGCAUUCAGAGGCCAUGAGGUGUACCAAACAUCCCCAUUAACAGAGGACACUAAGCAAGCCCAGAUCACAACAAUGGCGGCAGAGGAUGAAAUCUGUGGAAUGAAGAACUGGGUUUCGAGGAAUUUUCAUGGCAGCCAUGGAUUGGGGGACAAUGGCGGUGAAUCUGGGUCAAUGAGUGCACUGGGCUAUGGAGAUUUACAGUCUCUGAGUUUGUCUAUGAGCCCUGGGUCCCAAUCAAGCUGUGUCACUGGUUCACACCAAAUCUCACCCGCUGUGACCGAGUGUGUAGCCUUGGAAACAAAGAAAAGAGGAUCUGUAAAGCUUGAUCAGAAGCAGACUGUUCAUAGGAAGUCCAUAGAUACAUUUGGACAGAGAACUUCUCAGUACAGAGGUGUCACAAGGCAUAGAUGGACUGGUAGAUAUGAAGCUCAUCUUUGGGACAAUAGUUGCAAGAAAGAGGGACAAAGCAGGAAAGGAAGGCAAGUUUAUUUGGGGGGUUAUGAUGUGGAAGAAAAAGCUGCAAGAGCUUACGAUUUGGCGGCGCUCAAGUACUGGGGAGCUUCAACCCAUAUCAAUUUUCCUGUGGAAAACUAUCAACAAGAACUUGAAGAUAUGAAGAACAUGACCCGACAAGAAUAUGUUGCUCACUUAAGAAGAAAAAGCAGUGGCUUCUCAAGGGGAGCUUCAAUGUACAGAGGAGUCACAAGACAUCAUCAACACGGCCGAUGGCAAGCCCGGAUUGGCAGAGUUGCAGGGAACAAAGACCUUUACUUGGGGACAUUCAGCACCCAAGAGGAAGCUGCCGAGGCCUAUGACAUAGCAGCGAUAAAAUUUCGUGGGGUGAAUGCCGUCACCAACUUCGACAUAUCAAGGUACGACGUUGAGCGCAUCAUGGCGAGCAAUACCCUUCUUGCCGGAGAACUUGCUAGACGCAACAAAGAGAUCGAAUCCAUUAAAGAGGUUCCAAAUCAAGACCUUCUCACUCUUAACCAUACCGUGGAAGCCACUCUCCCAAAGGAGAGCGACGGAAGCAAAUCGAAUUGGGAAAUGACAUUGUAUCAGCACCAGAGGCAGGAUGAUGGUAUUGAAAAUUGCAAGAACAAUCCAUCUUUCUCAAUGGCUUCAGAUCAUGAUUUGGUUGGGAACAGAAUGAUAGGUUUGGACCAGCAAGAGGUUGAUGAAUCGGGUAAGAUGGCGAACCACUUGUCGAAUGCCUCAUCAUUGGUGACUAGCUUGGCCAGCUCAAGAGAGGGCAGUCCUGAUAAACAGAAUGGGCUGCCACUGCUUUUUACAAUGCCGCCAUCAUCGGCAUCAGCCAAGUUUGCUAAUAGUUCCACAAGUGCUGUGAAUUCUUGGAUGUCAUCAACACAGCUGAGGCCUUCAAUGUCUCUGCCUCAUGUGCCUGUUUUUGCUGCAUGGACUGAUGCAUCAUGAGAGAGAGAGAGAGAGAGAGAGAGGAGUUGGUUUCAAAUUGGUAUUUUCCUUUUUUGAAUUAGUGAAGGAAUUGGGGGAUUAAUGGAAAGUCUAGGUGGGGACAUGUAAACUGUCUGUUAACAAGCUGGUUUCAGAAAUUUCAAACUCAAUGCUUCUAACCUAGUUAGAUAAAUGAAGGAUCUUGAAAUUAUGAA